UGUCUGUCCGGAGAUGCGCACACACCGGCACCGGUUGUAGCAGGCGUGCAGACAGCAGCUGGACGCGGACUGAACCUUUCCUCGCCGUUUAUUAUCGUCUUUCUUUGACAUGUUUAAAAAGCGGAUUAAUCCUCAAACUGUGUGACUGAUUUUAACCGUGAAGAUGCUGACAGACAUGAUUGUGGAGCAAGAAUUUGAGAUCAAGGAGGAGGAACCGUGGUACGACAAGCAAGACCUUGAACAUGACCUACAGCUGGCAGCCGAGCUCGGGAAGACUCUUCUGGAGCGAAACAGGGAGCUGGAGCAAGGGCUGCAGCAGAUGUACUCCACCAACCAGGAACAACUGCAGGAGAUCGAGUACCUGACGAAGCAGGUAGACCUCCUCAGGCAGGUCAAUGACCAGCACGCUAAAGUGUACGAGCAGCUGGACGUGUCGGCCCGAGAUCUGGAGCACAGCAACCAAAAACUUGUUCUGGACAACAGGGCGGCGCAGCAGAAGAUCCAGGGGCUGACGGAGACGGUGGAGCUGCUGCAGACGCAGGUGGAGGAGCUGCAACAUCAGGUGGAAGAGCUGAAGCUCAGUCCUUCUCCGCCUCGGAAGCCUCCACACCGAGAGAAGUGGCCACCUCGUAGCACUCAGAGUGUGUCCUGCCUGAAAGAGCUGCAAAACACACUCAGGUACGACCACGACGAACCCUCAGACGGUCUUGAGUCUUCCGACAUGUCGUGGCACGAGGAGGAGCAGGCUUCACUACGACAAUCGCUCCGCAGCCUCCAGACUCAGUUCGCCAGUGAGCGCGCUCGGAGGGAGGAGUCGGAGCGAGAGGCCGAGCUGCUCGGCCGUGAAAAUGCAGCGCUGGAGCAGCAGCUGGCGGGGAUGGAGGGCUGCCAGGCCAGAGCGGCUGAGCUGGAGCGUGAGGCCGAGGAGCUUCGUCAGCUCUGGAAAUCCGAUUCCUCCACGAGAUCCAUCAGACCGGACGUCCUCCACAGCCUGCUGCCCAACUCGCUGUUCCUCAGCCCCGAGGAGGAGAACGAGGGGGAUGCAGCUGCAGCGAAAAGCCCCUGGGUCCGGAGGCACUCGGACAGCGAGCGGCUGAUGAAGGCGACGCAGGUGCCCGACUCUCGCGACAGGAUCUACAACCACGAGUGCUCCUGCGUACGCCGAGCCGAGGUGGUGAAGUAUCGCGGCAUCUCGCUGCUCAACGAGGUCGACGCUCAGUACAGUGCCUUGCAGGUGAAGUACGACGAGCUGCUGCGGCGCUGCCACCUGGGGCCGCAAGAGGAGGAGGAGGAGCAGGAUGGGCCCACCCACAAGUCGGUCCAGACUGCCUUCAUGGCCGCCACUUGUCCUGCUCUGACAGACAUGGAGGACUUUGAGGAUGACUUUCACCAGCCGGAGUAUAAGGAACUUUUUAGGGAAAUCUUCUCCCGCAUUCAGAAAACCAAAGAGGACCUGAUUGAAAACCGAGGGCGACUCUCAGCUGGUGAAGUGCUGCCUAUUUUGCAUUAGUAGCUUCUCAAAAAAGAAACUGCUGCAAGAUGAAUUAUUGUCUUCCAGUUAAAGAGCGAGUCUUUGGAAAUACUCUUACAGCAGCACAUGAAGCUAACUAACUCUAUACUUUACAUGUAUGUUGUUUUUGCCCAGAAAUGGUGAUCGCCAUGCAAAGGGGUUAAGAGAUGAGAGCAAUGCAGGAACAAGAAGCACCAGCUCAUGUCUCAGAUGUGGCUCAUUUUUGCACAGAAACACCAGUGCCUAACGCUGCCGUCUCUACUGUGCACUCACUCUACCUCACUUUGCACAAACAAGCUCCCGAGGAAACCAUUUCUGGGUCUCCUUUUCAUAAGCUGCAUCAGUAACAAUUUAUUCUACGGGUCCCAUAGUUUCCUAUAGUUCACUAAAAGGAUGUGAAUUUACAGAAAGGUUCCUGGAAAAUACAUAAAGAUGUAAUUUGGUGCGUGCAGUGAGAAAAUGGAGACCGUCCAAUUAGUAAACUUCCAAAUAAUAAAUUUCAUUUAAUUGCUGGUGUAACCUAGAAAGUGUUUUAGUCCGUGCACAGCAGGUCAGUUGAACAU